UGUGAGGAAGCGUCGAUUGACUGGCUGGUGGUGGUGUUUUCUUAUUCUCUUGGAAGCUAUUCGAGAAGGCUGACGACGCUCGGUGACGGUCUAACAUUUUCCAAAUAAUUUUUGGCAUAAAAAUAGAUUUGUGUUUUGUUUUAUUGAUUUAUUUAAUUUACUUGUGUUGUUUUGCAAGCGGCUGAAAGGUAAAGUGUUUUGCAGUAUUGAUGUGUUAAUAUUUCUCAAACAAAUAAUGGAUAAUAACGCCAAUCGUCGAAUGCCUCCGGGAGAAGAUAUCAACAAGCUAUUGAAAGAAUGGAAACUCGAGUGUAUUUCAUCACAUUUACAAGCCGAGAAAAUCGAUUUGGAAAUUCUGGAAAUGAUAAAACUACAUCACAUACGCCCGCUACUCAGCAACUUCCCACUGGGCAUACAAAUUCGUUUUGAAUAUAAUUUGGAACAGUGGCGUACAAAAAUUGGCAAACCGCUGUAUGGAACACAUCGAUGCUGCUGUCAAGGCAACGAGUUUGGUUGUCAAAAAUCCUAUGGCCAUAAUUAUUUCAAGGCCCAUAAUGAAUGUUCCAUUGGCAUUUCGAACGAAUAUCAAAAUCAACAGCAGCAACAUCCACGUAAAGUCAUUAUUGUACGACAAGAUCUAGGAAUGCCCCAUGCAGUGGGUAAUGAAGUGAUGGUAACGCCGCCCGAAACACCAAUGACCCAUCGAUCAUUGGCCUCUACACACGGAUCUUCGGGACAAAGUACAUUUUCACACACCUCUAGCAGUGGUGGUGGUGAUGGUGGCGAUGAUAUCGCUAAUAAUUCUCCAGAGCACAUACCAUUUACCCUCAAACCUCUGUAUCACAUAUCUGAGACGAACCUGCGAGAUAUCAUAUUAGAUUGUAGACCCGAGGGUCCCAUGCUAAUGAAGAGUUAUGCCGCAAAGAAUGGUUUCAAUCCACGCGAACGACGAAGUCUAAUGAAUAUUAUUGUCAACUACUUCAUGCGUAAUAAUCAAAAAUUCGAUCUGCAAAUUAGCUAUCUUCUGGAGAAUGCAAUUUUGAAAUUGUUUCCCAACGAAAACUUGGAAAUGUAUCGCAAAGGGAAACGGGGUAGUUUGUAUUGCAAAUAUAUGAACUACAAACAUUCCCUGUUGUCGACCAGGAAACGAAAAAAACCCACGGAUGAUGGAACUGAGACGGGAAGUGAUUUGGAUUCUGUUUCACAACACGAUCAUAGCAUGACAGAUUGUGAUAUAGAAGAGAAUGAAAGUGUGAAUGUUAUCAAUGAGGCCAUGGACGAUUUGAUUACCAAUGGAUCGGAUGCGGGGAACCAUGGUGUGGAACAUGAUGCCAGCGCUAAAGAUAAUUUCACUCUCGUUGAGCCAAAACUUGAAGUUGACACUGAAAUUCCAAUCCGAACGGCCUAUAGACUGCACAGAGAGGUUAUUAUCCUCAAGACUCCCUUUUCGUAUAAGGAUUUCUUGGAAAAAGCUUGUAAUGCCUACAAUAUUCCCAAUGUGGAGGAACACUAUCUGGUGGUUAACGAUUGUGAAAUCAGUGAACAUGAAUUCAAAAAUGUCAUAAUGCAAUAUUAUAAGCUGGCAACAUUUGUGGUGGAAAUAAAACAGAGAUCUAACUUUCUCAGACGCUCCGAUUCCAAUAGUGGCGAUAGUGUAAGUAUGACUGAACUGAGGGAACACACCACAAUUAGACAGGAUCCAAAUCAUUUGCCCAGUGCUGAAGAAAUACGUAACCUAACAUCACUUCUACCCAUAAUUGCCCAUGUAGAUCUGGGUAAACCAUUGGAAAAUAAACAUCGCAAUGCAAUAGCCAAGGCUGUGGUAGAGGAAACCUUAAGAGUACAACCGGAUCGAUGCAUUAAACGCCAGGAGUUCAUGAUAUUGGCCCACACUGUGUGCCAGGCGUUUCCCACGGAAGAGGAAACCACAUAUUUCAUACCGGCCAAACCAAAGGCCCAUCCAAAGGGUAAACUUUGGAGUGCAUUUGUUAGUAAACGUACAUUCCUCGUACAAAGUGGUGUGGCCAAAAAACGUUAUAAAAGACGUAAAAACAAUACGGAGGAGGAUAAUGAGGAGACCCAAUCCACACACAGUCAACAGACUGAGGCAGAAGAACCCAGACAUGUUGACUUUUCCGAAAAUACCUCAAUGGAUUGGGAUUAUCUAAUGGUAAAAUGGAUGGAAAGUCAUGAUAAACGUUGGCAGGAACUUGUUAAGGAAAAGCUAACACCGUCCGAGUAUAUGGAACGUUAUUCAAUAUUGCGAAAUGAAAGAGGCAUAACGCUAAUUGAAAUUGAUGUUAAAAAUCGUUAUCCCCAGGCCUUGACCAUUGAAAAUUGGUUAAAUAUUUAUGCUAAAGUUUUUGAAAAAGCCAAAGGUAUACGCCGAAAAUUGGGUAAUUCCAAUAGUAUUAUAAGGGCCAUAGAAGAGGCCCAGGAUGAGAAACAUAAAGCUGGCCUAUCGUUACUUCUUAUACCCUACAUAAUACCCAGCAGUGGACGUAAAAGUGAACUUAUUACUUCCAAAGCCACCAAAACUGAGUGCCAAGAACGAUUUAUGAAAGGUUAUGGGAGCCUGGAUGAACUGCGUUCAGAUCCCAAACCUGCCGAUUUACAAAUACGCUUUGUCCACAGUCAUCACAGUGUGGUGUAUGCUGAAUUUAGUAUAAGUGGUUUUUUAUUCCAGUGUUCCGACCUAAUGGAAGCCCUGAGUUUCCUCUUCCACUAUAUGUUGGCGAUGAAUAUACGUUAUCCCCAGACUUGUCUGCAGGUAUGGCAAUUCAUACAAUUGGCCAUAUUUCACAUUGAAGUGGAAAAGGAUAAAAUGCCAUAUGUUGAGAGUACCAUUGUUGAUUUACAUUUAAACUAGAGACUGUUAAGAGAAAGAGAGAGGGAGCCAAAGCCAAAAGAGUUCAAAAAUAAGAUAAUGUACAGUUGAGACUUGAUGAGAUAAUACAGGGUGAGAUAAAAAAACUGCAAAAAAGUCAAGCGCCAUAAUUUUUACAUUUUUUUUAAAUUUUUUAGAAUGAAAGCAAAAUUUCGGAAAUAGCAUCAAAUUUUAGAAUAACUUUAGAUUUGUUCGAAUUGGUCACCUUUGGUACGAAUUAUGGCUUUCAAACGGCCAAUGAAACCGUCACACGCUGUCCGAAUGUUGCUCUGCGGUAUUUUGGCCCAUUCCCGGCGAAGCCCUUGCUUGAGGUGAUCGACAUUUUGGAAUUUUUGUAGUGCCAACCUUGCUUUCCAAAAUACUCCAGACACAAUAGUCCAACGGAUUAGUAUCCGGAGAUUUUGGUGGCCAUUGUGCGAUGGAAAUGAAGCCAGGAACCUUAUUUUGUAACCAUUCUUGGGUGGCACCUGCUGAGUGCGAUGGUGCUGAGUCCAAGUCUUUAAUACACCCUCCAGAAUAUUUUCGCGAUAAUAUUCAGCAUUUUUUUUUUGAAUCGAUCGUGGCGAUGAGCGACCAUCGGCAGUUAUGGCGGCCCACACCACACACCAUUACCAUGGCCGGAUUGAGGCUUGAGUUCUGGUGGCCAACCGAAGGUGCACAUUUUCAGCUGACCUCUUUGGCAAGUAAACACGAUUGUUUACAAACUGCUGGACAACGAAUAUUUUCUCAUCGGAGAAAGCCAAAUUCGGCAGUUCACCACUUUCGGCCAAGCGAAGCAACUCUUUAGCUCUUUUGAGUCUAUUUUCUUUCUGUUGCGGUGCAAGUUCUUGUACUUUUUGGAAUUUCAAUGGCUUUACCCCAAACUCAUUUUUCAAUAUUGCGAUAUUUUCAGCUCACGAGCCAUCUUUCGGCCACAGCGACGCGGGUUUCCAUCAAGUCGCUUUUUUUACUUAUCGAACCAUUUCCAAUUCCUUGACGUCGGGCUACUGUAACGAGCGAUGAUGGUACGAGACACAAAAAAUUUAUUCACAUUUAAAUGCUGGAGUGCUCUAGCGAUAGUCACUUGUCGCUUUCCAGCCAAAUAUAAAGAAAUCACACUAUCACACUUGAAUUCCAUCAUGAAUAAUUUUUUUUUUCUGGAGAAUUCUCAUCAAAAUAGUUUUGAACGCUUGUAAACAAUAUAAUGAGCUGUCAUUGGUAUAAUUUUUACUGCUGUCGGACGAGUGGCUUAAAAGUGACAGCAGUCUGAAGUUGGUUGCAGUUUUUUCAUCUCAGCCUGUAUAUGCAAAUUUAUUGUGGCUUUAUUCUUUGAAGAUAUCACUGCGAGUUUUAACAUGGUGGAGGGUAUACAAAUAUCGCUUUGACCAAUUUUACUGUCGUUUUUACUUGCCCUGUACUCAGAAGACCUUUAAGGUCCGCUGAAUCACCUUAACUUCAAACAUGACUAUAAAAAGAUAUUAUAUCCAUAGGUAAAGGAUUUCUGUUUUUAACAUGGUGGAGGGUAUACAAAUGUCGCCCUGACAAAUUUUAUUGUCGUUUUCACUUACCCAGUACUCAGAAGACCUUCAAAGUCCACUGAAUCACCUUAACUUCAAACAUGACUUUAAAAGGAUAUUAUAUUCAUAGGAGACUAUUAAAGGAUUUCUGUUAAUUGAAUGACCUGUAGAGGUAUAACGACCUUAUUUUAUAUUGAAGUCCUAUUAAGCGGUUUGUUGUUCAUUAAUAGGUAGUUAAUUGAUCAUUGGGAUAAAAGUGAAAUCAAAAAAAUCAAAAAAGUCUUUUUAUAAAAAUAAAAUUGAUCCCUAACCAAGUUUCAGUUAAUGCAAUCAAAGUUUUUGUAUUAUAUUUAAUUAUUUCAAAAAACAUUAAUCGUGUUUUAACCAGUUGAGUCCAAAGAUUACUGUUGUUAAAAUUAUCAACCCCCAAGACACAGAUCUUUUUUUCAUAAUCUUUAAAUUUGUCUUAUGCUAUCAAGUAGCAGAUCAAUUCGUUUAAAUAUUUCCAUCAAUGAUUCUUUCUAACUUAUACCACUACAUGCGAAAAAUAUGCUCGCUCAGAAACUAGUCAGACAUACUUAAGUAUACUAAUCUCUUUAUUCACCGGUAUUGAUCGAAUUAAAAACCCCAUAUAAAAUAAAAAUAAAAAAUGAAUUAGAGUAGUAUUUUGGAAAGCCGAAACUCUUUGCUUACACUAGCUUUCCUUUAUUUUUUAUCUAUAAUUGAAGAAGAGAAAAAUAUAUACCAAAUAUUUACAAAUAUUUUUAAACUCCCGUAAAUGUGCCUAUAUUAUUAUACCAAGAAUUAUGUUUAGAAUCUAAUUAUGUUUACGAUUGGUCUGUUCCAGAAACUGCAAGAAUCUACAAGUUUCGAAAUUUGUUCGAUAUCAUAAAGGAAAAAAAUCUGUUUUUGUCUUGCAAAUUCUGAAAUAGAAGAUACAUAUAAAUUUUGAUUAUAGUAAUUAUUUGUAAAGCCUCAGAUGAAUCCCUUAAUGACCUAAAUCCAAACAAUCUAAAACAUAAGAAAGAAUUAAAAAAAAUAUUUUUUGAAAUUUGAAAAUAUUUAAGAAUGUUAUAUUUAUGUAGUGUUGUAGAAUGUUGAAACUCUCUAAUUAUAAACUUUUUCCCUUACAUCUUAAAUUAUAACUUUAUAAGAAAUACUCAAAGAAAUGCCAAAUAUUUACAAAUGUUAAUAAACUCCCAUGAAUGUGCCCUUAUUACUGUACCAAAUAUUUUGUUUAGAAGCUAAUUAUUAUUACGAUUGCCUUAUAAACUAUGUUUAUAAAUAUGUUUUUUUCAUAUACAUAUAUGUAUGUACCCUUGAGAUAUAAGUUUUUUUAUAAAUUAAAUAUGUUUGCCUUAAGAAGCUCUUUGAUGCUCGAAAAUCAAUUGGACCCAAAGUGGAAUUGAUUAUUUAAUAGAUAAAAAGAUUGUAAACAAAUAAAAUGUAAUAUAAAAUGUAACAUUUUUUUCUUUGACCAUUCGCAUGGAUGGAGACACACCAUAACAUGAACAAAAAUAUUGAUAUUCCGUUUGUAAUGUCAAUGAAUACUCUUAUUGGAUCCGUUAUGUGCCCAUCUAGAAACCAUUGCAAAGUUGGAAGUGUAGAAGUUAAACCUCUGAAAUUUGAUGCAGAUAAUCAUGCAACACUUCUAAAUAAAUAUUUUAUUUUUCAUAAACGAUUAUAGUUGAUAGCUAUUGUCUACAAGAUCAAACAUUGUAAGUCAUGAAAAGUUUCAAAAAUUAUAGGUGUCACGAUCCCGGGAAAAAGAAAUAUUCUCUUAAAUGCUAAAUUCUCUUAAAAAAUACCAAAAUUUCAGGAGAGGUGAAAUCUUGGGAAAACUAUUAUUCGAAAAAUUCAAAAUUUUAACUACG